CGGCGGAGGAGGAGGGUCCGUGCACGCUCUCCCUCACUACCUAAGACCGACCGAAAUACACCACCACAUCUUUCCCGACCAACCACUUAUGAAGGGCAUACCAUAACCAAGCAUGCCUGAACAUAUGAAAAUGUCCAAAAUUAUUACUUGUUGAGAACUGAGUGACGUAAAAAUAUUCCUACGAGUGUUUGUUACUCAUUUUGUUUUGGUUGUAAAAUAAAGUGUUUGUGAGGGGAAGUGAACAUUUAAAACAAGAAUAUCAUCUCAUCUCUUAACUAAACUUUGAUUUUAUUAUUUAUUUCAAAAUAUUAAGUUAUAAUUCAUUAACUUUUUGAAUUUCGAUAUAUCUAAUAAAACCAAGACAAAUUUCAAAGUUGUGUGAGAACAUCUUUGAUCUAGAACAAUCUGUGUGACCCACCACCAUACGACCAACUACUGUGUGACCCACCACCUCCGACCAACGACUGUGUGACCCACCACCGUGAGACCCACUACUGUGUGACUCACCACCGUGAGACCCACUACUGUGUGACCCACCACCGUGAGACCCACUACUGUGUGACUCACCACCACACGACCAACUACUGUGUGACUCACCACCUACGACCAACGACUGUGUGACCCACCACCGUGAGACCCACUACUGUGUGACUCACCACCAUGAAUAUUCUACUGUUAUUAGCUGUUCUCGGAGUGGCAGUAAAUAAGGUCGAAGGUCAAGGCCUCAUCCCACCUCCCCCAUUAAUCACGGAUCAGCCAUACUUUGACUCCACAAUGAUGACCAAUCACACGGCGCAUGUUGGCAGAGAGGCGGAGCUACACUGCCGGGUUCACUCCAUACGUAACAGAACGGUAUCAUGGAUGAGGGGCAGAGAUCUCCGUAUACUGGCAGUGGGGCGCUACACCUACACAACAGACCUACGUUACGAGGCCUUACACCAGCAGGGAACAAACCAAUGGACUCUGCGUAUUAAAUCUGUACAGCCUCGUGACCAAGGAAUUUAUGACUGUCAGAUCAAUAUAAAGCCAGUCAAAGCUUUUACCAUCUACCUGAGAGUUUUGGAGCCGAAAGGAGAAAUUUUAGGAGCGCCCGACCUGUAUAUUCAAAAGGAGAGUAUUAUUAACCUGACCUGCAUCUUGCACGGCCUUCCUGAGCCACCAGCCUACGUCCUUUGGUACCACGAGAAUAAGAGCAUCAGCUACAGCAGUAGUCGAGGGGGGGUGUCAAUUAUCAUGGAGAGAGGACCCACUACCAUCAGUUCUCUGCUACUCUCCCGGGCGAGGCUACAGGAUACUGGGGAAUACAUUUGUGUCCCAUCUAACCUUAACGCUGUCAGGGUGAUGCUGCAUGUUUUGGAUGGUGAGGAGCCAGCAGCUGCUAAGAACAGCACCUUACCUCUCUCUCAUCACCCACCUCUACCUGGCGAACACCCUGGGGCUGUACAUGCCAACGCGAGCAGUCAGAGCCUCAACAGUGAUAGAGAGAGCAGGGGUUGUGGGAACAGCCAUAACUACUGUCACAAUGUUUAUGUUUUGCUGUGUACAUCUAUAGUGGUCUGCUGUGUGUUGAGAAUAUGUGCAUUCGGAUGGAAGGUGGUAUCUUUGUGAGAAACAGAGACAGACAGAGAGAAAGAGAGACAGAGAGCGACAGUAAGACAGGAAGCGACAAACAGACAGACAGAUAGACAGUACAAAGAGACACAGACAGGGAAAUAAAGGGAGAACGAAUGUGUACUUUUGAGUGUGUGUGUGUGUGUGUGUAUGUUACAGUCCUAUGCACGUAAAUACAUAAGAAUGAACAACUUGUACAACUGUAACA